ACAUCCUCCCUGCGUCUGUCGAGCUCUGUUUGAAUUUUAUACAUUCCAAUCGGAUUUCCCCCCAUUCUUCUAAUCUCUGGUGAGUACAUGCUCAGUCAAACUAACUGCUCCUCAAUGUCAGUCCUACCUUCUCUGAUAUCAGCCUCUGAUGCACUUCUUUUAUGGCAAGUGUAACCUUUCUUAGGUUGGAAGACCAAAACUGCAUGCAAUGCUCCAGGUGUACUCACACCAAGGUCCUGUAUAACCGAAGUAAGUCAUCUUUACUUCUGAACUCAAAUCCUCUUGCAAUGCUGGGCCAUAUACCAUUUACCUUCUAACUGCUUGCUGCACCUGCCUGUCUAUUUUCAUUAUCCUAAUAUAUCUCCAUUUAAAUAAUACUCUGCCUUUCUGUUUAUCACACUAAAGUGUGUAACCUCACACUUAACCAUGUUCUACUGCAUCUGCCAUGUAUUGCCCAUUCACUCCUCUUAUCUAAAUCACUAUGAAGGCCCCUUGCAUACUCCCAUUGGUCUCGGUGCUCCUUUAAUUCAGACCUCUUGUGCACUCCUCCUAAUUCGAAUUGCUCCACGAUUAGUAGUCUGAGGCUCAGGCUCUAAAAUCCUCUCCCUACACCUCUCCAUUUCUGUAGUUUGCUUCCCUCCUUUAAAACACUAGCAAAACCUCAUAAGCAGUUGCUUGUCAUACCUAAUAUCUUCUUGUCUGUUGCAGUGUCAUGUCUGUUCCUGUGAAAUACUUGGGACAUUGUAUAUUGUUAAAUGUGCUGUGCUGUAUAAAGUAUAUCUCCCUUAAUGUUAUUUACUUUGGUUGGAUAUGAUUGUAUCAAUGGUACGGUUGUGAGGAAGUUUUGUUUUCAGUUUCAGGGUGGAGUCUGGACUCUUGGCCCAGGUCUUUGUGAUUAUCUAAUGACUGUGGAUGUGAUGCUGUGCACAGCUUCAAUUUUCAAUCUGUGUUCCAUCAGUGUGGACAGGUUUAUUGCUGUGUUGAUCCCACUGAAUUACAACAGGAAACACGUGGAUCUCCGGCAGAUCAUCUUGAUCUCCAUGACCUGGAUCUUGGCAUUUGCCGUUGCCUCACCAAUUGUCUUUGGCCUGAACAAUGUUCCUGACAGAGAUCAGACCGUCUGUCAAUUGGAGGAUAAUAAUUAUAUAAUUUAUUCUUCCGUUUGCUCCUUCUUUCUCCCCUGCCCAAUUAUGCUGCUUUUGUAUUGUGGUAUGUUCCGGGGCCUCAGGCGGUGGGAGGAAGCACGGAAACGCAAGCUAAGGCAUAACUUGCAUGGUUUCAGGAAAAUUAAUGGAGACCCCACUGAGCCGCAGAGUCCUCCUCCGCUAAUAGACCGAAGUCCGACACAAGUCAAACGUGAAGAACUGCAUCUCUUUCCAAAGUCAGACUGUGAUUUAUCAAGACAGUUUGUGGACCGGUCCAUUCAGACUGUAACAUUUUCAGAAGUCAAGUACGUUCGCUCGCGCCCAGUGAACAGGAGGAAGCGUGCAAAGAUUAAUGGAAGAGAGCGCAAAGCAAUGAAAGUGUUACCCAUUGUUGUAGAUGUUCCAGGGAUCCUGUUGCGAUAGGAGAUGAAUAGUGGUGGACGAAGGCAAUCUGGAAGGCUGGAUCUGAUGUGUGUUAUUACUAACAUCCGGGAAGGAUCUGAGUGCAUGGUCAGGGACUCCCAUCAAGCCAGUCACUCUCCGUGGGUUCACUCACAAAAAGGCCGAUCUGACGUCUGCAGCAGUGACAGUGGGUACAGGUAGACUCAAGGGUUUCGGGGCAGGUAAUAUAAUUUCACUGACUUUCGGUCCAAAAUGAGCAUAAACCGCAAUAAGCUCACAGGGGAGGGAUGCAUUGCUGUCAGCAAAUCUACUCGGCUUCACUUUAUAGACCAUUACGUUGUGUAAGCUUUGCAUGAGUCAACGUGUGUUUGUGUGCUUCAUCUGGGACUCCAGUCUGAGAUCCGUCUGUACCUAACUCUCAAAAUCCACAUUUGCCUCAAUAUCUUUUAAUACCUUUGAAUCGCAAAAAUCAAUCAAUCUUGUAAUAAAUUUAACAUUGAACUAGCAUCAUUUGUCGUUCACGUAAGAGUCCCAAACUUCAACUACUGUGUCUGUAGAAUUGUUUCUAAUUUUAGAUGAUUUUUAGGCGAUGUAUCUGAAACUUGCUGCCCACAGAAUUGUUGGAGGCGAUCAACAAUUUCCAAUGAAAAUUGUAUAGGUACCUGAGAGAAAUAAAUUAGCAGGCUUCAGGGAUAGCAUGGAAUGGGGCUCAAGUAGUGCAGUGGUAGUGUCCCUAUCUCUAGACCAGGAGGCUUGGGUUCACAUCCCAUUUGCUCCAGUCAUGUAAUAACAUCUUUGAACUCAUUGAUUAGAUAGCUUUAUUCCUGAUGAAGGGCUUUUGCCCGAAAC